AGGAGGUUUCAUUUUCAAACCUCCGGCUAAUCUGCUACGCCAUUAUGUCCGAGGCUCCCUGAACGCACCGGGAACAGCAGCGGUCUCCAUAGAAACCCCGAGGCACAAACUUUAACUCAGUUGAUGUGAGUUUGUCAGAAACAUGACUGCAGAUAGCGACUACAGCAAAUACGAUCUGGCACGGCUGCAGGCAGAACUUGAGCAAGAGAGAGAGAUGAAAGAAAUGCUUGAAGAGUCAGUGUCUGACCUGAGGAGUACCAUGUGUGAACUGCAGGAAAGACUGCACAGUGUUGACGGGGAAGGAAAUGAGUGGAAGACAAGGUAUGAGACACAGAUUGAGCUAAACGGACAGUUGGACAGACAGAUGUCGCUCAUUCAUGAGAGACUGGAGGACCUACGAGGAAACCCCAUGGAUCGACUGGCCUCCAUCCGAACUUAUGAUGACAUGCCGGUAGAAACACUUAGACAGCGUCUGAAGCUCCUGACUGAGGAAAAGUGUGGCCUCCAGAGUCAGCUGAUGGACUGUCGGAGCAGAAUUGAACAGGAGGGAAAGGCCUUUCAUAAAACCAAUGAUGAGAGGCGGGCAUACCUUUCAGAAAUCGCUAAGCUGUCCUCCACCCUUGAAGCCCAGAGAAGACAGUACUCCACCCAGCCACAGAGGGCGCCAGAGAGCAAACAGAGGAGAGGGAGGCGGACCAGCAGGAAGGCAGAGGCUGAUUCUAAGAAAGGAAAAGAGAGAGAAGAAGAUGGAGGAGGAGUGCGUGUGAAAGGAGGAGGAGGAGGUGGUGGAGCAGCAGCAGAGAGAAGAGAAGAAAAUAAAUCCCAACGGGGAAGCAGCAGGUUACCCACCCUAAAGCACUACCUGAAACACAAUCCCUAACCCAUAAACCUGCUGGUAUAGCCCUUUUUUAAAAGGAGGUAAUGUGGCUUUGUUUACAUUUCUCAAAAGAUGAUUGUGAGGUUAUCUACCCAUGUGCCACAAAGUGUUGUAGCACAAUUGAUGCCAAAUACAGUGGUAUAAAAUGUUACAUUUAUAAUGAAGUCUGGCAUUAUGUUUUUCUUCUUUGUUUCAACAAAAAGAGUAGCUACGAGGAGAAAUGUUUAAAAAGGAGAAAUAUUACAAGCUCUUGAGUGCGGCGAGGUCGUCUCUUAAUGUGCCAGAAGCCUGCUGAGCCUGACAUUUCUCGUGUCACUGCGAUUUUAUUUUUCUGAAACACCUCCCACGACUUGUAUUACGUAAGCAACACCACGUCCACCACUCUCCGAAUGUACUUCACCCACAGAGCAACCAGUCACCCCCGUCCCACCCACUGACCGCCUUUACAAACGUAGGUGUAAGAAAACUGUAUCCAUACGCGAUGCGGUAGUGAAUAGGAAGAUUGCCAGAGGCUGUUUCAUUUGUUUGUGUGGAGGAUGGGUUGUGUUCUUGUCAGCCUCAAAACUGAAUUGAAAACAAAAGACAUGUUCUCAUAGGCGAAACCAGCAUGAAUUUAUCAGUUUGUCUCUUUACAGCUUUAUGAAAUUGCAGUUUCCUUCUUCACUGAUUGUAAUUGCAAUGACGUCAUAUUAAUUAGCUCAUAGGUUUUGACCUGAAAUUGGGGUUUGAGACAAAGAGGUUACAGGCAAAGAACAAUUCAUUAAGGGGAAUUAUGCAUUACCUACUCUCCGACUAAAGUAUAUGUCCAAGACCGGCAUGGCAGUGUGUUGUAGUGACGAGGGAACUGGCCUUUAAGUAGAAGGGCAGAGAUCAAGCCCCGGUGUCAACAAGCAUCAGACCAGCUGAACGGUCCUUGAGCGUGACACUGAAUACUCAACUACCUUCAGCUUGCUGUGAAGAAAAAUGUAUAAUAAAUAAAUAAAAUUAAA